AUGAAUGUGAUAGCAGAAGAUGGUUGUUUUAAUAAUUAAUAUGAAUGUUCUAAAGACUACAUCCAUUGUUAUAAUAGUUUAUGUAUAAUAAGUUAUUUGGAAACAAAUUUAUUACAUUUUCUAAAUAAUUAAUGCAUAUCUUUAUGUGGAGAUGAUUAUUUNAAAAGUGAAUUUGAUGUGUAUAAUAAUGACUGUCGCUCUAUUUGUUAGGUAAUUCAAUCACAUUACUCCAAUAAUGCAAUUAAGAAUAAAGAAACUGUGUUAAUUGUUAAUAUGAAUGCUAUCCUAAGUUUUUAUAUUGUCAUUUUGGAAGAUGUGUUAAAUGUAAUGAAGAUAAAGGUUGGUACAUUUAAAUUGAUGGAAAAUGUAAUUCCAUUUGUGGAGAUGGAAUUGUUGCCAAUUUAAGUGAAAUGUGUGAUGAUGGAAAUGGUAACCCAUAAGAUGGAUGCCAUUAAUGUUAAUUUUCUUGUGAUUAAUUUUAUCAUACUUUUGUAAAUUCUUAGUGUCUAAAUUGUAAAAAAGGCUAUCGAUUAAUAUUAAACAAAUGUAUUCCAUUAUGUAAUGAUGACCUAUUAGUGUAUCCUGAAUAAUGUGAAAAUAAUCAUUAAUUAACUUUUGAUGGUUGUUUUGAUUGCUAAUUUUAAUGUUGAAUUCAUUGCAAAAUAUUGUAUCUGUCAAUAAUGCAAUGAAGAAAGUGAUUGGUAGAUAUAAAAAGUUAGAACCUAUUAAUCUGUAUUCUAAUUGUCUUUGUAAAUAAUGUUAAAUUAAAUGCGAUAUCAAUUGUUUAUAAUGUGA